AUGCCGCGGCUUCAUUGGCGGCAGACGCGUGGUGUGCGUACUUUGUACACCGUCGUCCCUCCUGCGCAUCCGUCUCGGGUUCUCGGCAAUGCCGGCGGCGCAGAAGUUAGCCGUCGCCGUGUGGCAGUGCCACCCGAACAUGCCCCUUUGUAUGGCUCUUCAACGUUGUUGCGGCCGUCAUCGCAGCCGUUGUCACCUCAGUCACCGUCGGCGGCGCCGGCAGGGCAGGCGCAGUUGUCUUGCAGGCACCAAGGGAGACGCCGCAGGCAUGGAUGGGCACUGGUCUGUCUCUCGCCGGCACUCGUGGUGCUGGUCGCCAUGAUACAGAUGCUCGCGGAACCGGCAAGCACCAGCACCAGCCACCACUGCGGCAAGGAUAUCCUCCCCAGCGGUCUUCGCAGCCGCACGGCAACCGCUACGGCUGUGUGUGCGCGCUGGUCACGUAGGCUCGAUAAAUUCUCAGCAACCGUGCCGCCGCAAUGUGGCGGCUCUGCACCUCACGUCUCCAGUGCCGGCGACGCGCCGUGGAGGGCAGCUGGCGCACAAGGGCAUCUCGCCGCAUGCCCUCCGCGAGACGAUGGCGACGACGUGAGCGACGCCGACGGCGACGGGGUGGUGGAGCACGUGGAGGAGGUGGUCUGGGGACGGAUCAGAGGCACAGGGGGGGGGACCGCGGGCGCGGCCAUUACGAGGACACUCAGCGAAUGGACGGCUGCACUCCCAUCUUUGAUGGCUGGUGGGCCCGCCUGCGCUCGCCUUCGUUAUCGUGGUGGCUUUCAAACAGUACAUCCUCCACUGGCCGUGACGCUGCGUCGCCUGUGCCGCAGUCUAAAGCGUGCGAUGUACACACAAGCCAAAGCAAAAGCUCAUCAGCAGCUGCAGCCGCAACGGCGUCAACGAUGCCGACGCGCACUGAUGUGA